AAAGACUAACGCGGUUUCCAAUGAAUAUAAUAUAAAGCUGAUGGAUGCACGUAAUGCGUUUUAACGUUUUGUUAACAUGUCUUAUCGUUAGAAUAUUGCUAUAAUUUGUGAUAAAGGCAUUCUAUAAUUUUCAAAUGGAGCUUGCAAUAAAAAAGGAGGAGCUUCCCUGCAACGAACUCAUGAAAACACUCGAAAGAAAUGUAGCUAUUUUAAAAAUAGAGAAUCAUUAUAAUUUAAAAAUCGGUUAUGAAUUGGAAACUAAGCUCACAUGGUACAAUAAUGUAUCACGUGGCCUCGCGGAUAAACUUGAUUCCCUAUGGAAAUUAGCUGAAGCACACCACUCAUCAGGAAAUGAAAUAAAACAAUUCGCAGAUCAAAUUUCACAUUCAUGGACUUCUGUGAAUCGUCAGAUUUGCGACAAGUAUUCUAAAAUUCAAAUGGCCAGUCGAACGUUACACGGUGUACCAUUAUCAGUUAUUCUUGAUAAAGUAAAGAAGGAAAUUAUCUUAUUAAAAAAAUCGCUUAAAAUUAAUCAAUCUAUUUAUAAUAAAGAAUAUAUCCGAAAAGGAUACCAAUUAAUUACAGAAAGCGAAGAACUUAUACAUAGUUUAAAAAAGUGUGAUAGUAAGUUACAACAGUAUUUGUCUAUAACAAAUAUCACUCCGCAUCUUAUUAAAUUGGAGACUGCAAUAGACAAAUAUGUCACUAAUGUUGAAUUGUUACCUGCACAGAAAUCGUUUUUAUCUGAUUUAAGCAUUUUUUCGUUAGUUAUCAAAUUAUUAACCGGUGAAUUACUAGAUCAUGAAUAUAUUGAUCCUAAUUAUGUUCUAAUGGAAAAUGUUCCGAAGAAACCAGUUUUCAUUAUCAAAAAUACUAAACGUAAAACGAUUAAUUCUUAUUAUCCAACGUAAAAAAGUGUUUAUUCUGCAUAUAUUUAUUCAUUAGUUUAAAAUUUUUACGAUAAACCAUUAUAUUCAGAACAAUACAUGAUUAUUAACAGCAAAUAAAAA